UGGCGACAUAAUCUUCCUCUGUCCUAACCAAGAUGGCGACAUCACCUUCCUCUCUCCGAAGUCAACAACCGGAUUGUGGCUGGCAGAGCGGAGCGAAAAGUGGGGGAACGAACAGAACGGAAGGAGAGGAAGGAGGAGGAAGGAACAAACGCGGCAGCGGCGGUCGAAGGAGAAGGAAGGAGGGGAAGAGAGAGACGAAGGAAGAGAGAGCGACGAAGGAAGAGACGCGUCAAAGUGAGACGCGGCUUGCAGGCGGUGUUUUUUUUGUUGGGUCAGAAAAUAAGCGAAAUCACCCAUAUUAGAGUUGUUUUUGCCAAAAUCGUCUUUGAGCGCUCUAACUUCGCAAACAAAUCUCCGACGUCGUCGGGAAUCGCCGUGCGGUGUUGCCCAGCUGCUGCCGAAUUUCCACGGCCACGAUCCGACCCCGGGGGAAUUGCUCCUCAACGCGAAUCGCCGGCCUCGCGUUGACUCUCCCGAUACGCCCGUCUGUCUUUGUGUUUGUCAGAAUUAAAAGGAGCAAAGUCGACCCUCGGAACGUUGGGCGGACGUUGGAGCCGGCUGCACCUCUUUCUCGACUGGAUACAUAAAGUACUGCUGUUUUCUCUGCGAAUGGGAUAGUCAUGCGAGAGAUUUCUACUACAUUGGAGCCUGGGGGGAAAGGUAUUCAGCAUCCACCACUUGUUGAAUCAAGGAAGAUUUUGUUACCACCCGUACACAUCAAGCUGGGUCUGAUGAAGAACUUUGUCAAAGCCAUGGACAAAACACAUCUAAAAAACCUGACGCUUCCUCUGCAAAAUUGUUCUGAUGGAGCAAAGGGACUCAGUGCACCUCGGUACAAAAAUGCAACAAUGCGACCAGUAUGCAAACACAACGGAUCGUACUGGAAAUUUGAGACGGCACCAAAGAACUCACACAGGAGAGAAACCUUCAAGUGCAGUGUGUGUGGGAAGGCAUUUUCAUCUUCAUCUAAUCUUAAACAACACCAGAUAGCACAUAUAGUAGAGAAACCUUUCAAGUGCACUGUGUGCGAGAAGACGUUUGCACGGUCAGCACAUCUUCAAAGACACCAGAGAGCACACACAGGAGAGAACCCAUUCAAGUGCAGUGUGUGUGGGAAGGCAUUUUCAUGUUCAUUUACUCUUAAACAACACCAGAUAACACAUACAGGAGAGAAACCUUUCAAGUGCACUUUGUGUGAGAAGGCAUUUACACGGUCAUCAAAUCUUCAGAGCCACCAGAGAACUCACACAGGAGAGAAACCAUUCAAGUGCACUCUAUGCGGGAAGGCGUUUGCACGGUCAUCAGUUCUUCAGAGCCACCAGAGAACUCACACAGGAGAGAAACCCUUCAAGUGCACUGUCUGUGAGAAGGCAUUUGCAUGGUCAUCAUUUCUUCAGAUCCACCAGAGAACUCACACAGGAGAGAAACCCUUCAAGUGCACUGUAUGUGAACAGGCAUUUGCACAGUCAUCAGCUCUUCAGACCCACCAGAGAACACACACAGGAGAGAAACCCUUCAAGUGCAGUGUGUGUGGGAAGGCAUUUUCAUCUUCAUUUACUCUUAAACAACACCAGAGAACACAUACAGGAGAAAACCCAUUCAAGUGCAGUGUUUGCGGGAAUGCAUUUUCAGAUUCAUCUACUCUUAAAACACACCAGAGAACACACACAGGAGAGAAACCCUUCAAGUGCAGUGUGUGUGGAAAUGCAUUUUCAGAUUCAUCUACUCUUAAAACACACCAGAGAACACACACAGGAGAGAAACCAUUCAAGUGCAUUGGUGUGGGAAGGCGUUUACACAGUCAUCAAAUCUUAAAACACACCAGAGAACACACAGUCAUCAGAAGAAGGAGUGGAGUCUGAAAUCGGCUUGUGAACGUCAAAGUGCUGCAAUGAGCCCAUCCCUCAUGAAACAAGAACCAGAAGCAAAUCUCAGCUUGGACACUUAUAAAGGAAUCGAGGUGAAAUAUGAAAAAGUGAAUUUGAAAUUUGAAGAAGUGAUAGUGAAGAGCGAAAAAGUGAAGGUUAAAUGUGAAGAUGAAGAUUCAACUCCAAUAUUGGACCUUCACAUCGAUGGAGGCAACGUGAAGCAGGAGGAGAA